GCACUACAACACAAUCUUGCUACUUACAGAACAAUACAACUUGCUCUCAAAAUUGCUACACUUCGUUUCGCAUCACUUCGCAUUCCUUUUCUUACUUUACUAUCAAAUUGAGUCCAUCAUCUCUUGUUUUAAAUAGUCCUAGAUGCACUGGGUAGCACAUCAAGAUAUGUGUUUCGAACCAACAGAUCCACGAUUCGCAAGAAAUAUGGCUCCACAAUCAACUGACCCAGAGACAAUGAGACUCAAGUCAGCAUUUGAAGAAAUAAAUCAACAACAGGAGCCUCCCUUCAUCAGAUUUUACCGCUGGUACGUUCUUCACAGCAUUCACAAGCGUGCUUUCAAGAACGGCAUCUUUCGAGAAUCCAUCCCCUGGGUCCUCUCCGGCGACUCCGCAUGGAGCAUCGAAAAAAUCCUCUUCAAACUUUGCGAUUCACCCGAAGUUACUGAUGAGGAAAGAGAUACCAUUUGCAAAUUCCUCAGCAAAUAUCAUCAACAAGUCCUCGAGCAAAAUAGCAAUGGUGCUCCUUCCACGGGCCUAGGAAUCAAGACGAUCGCAGAAUGGGAGCAUAUUAAGCGAUUGUUUGAUUUGAACGACCCCAAUCAUAUGGCUGGAAAGUCGUGGGCCAAUGAUCCACAGCUUCACACUGACUGGGCUAUUUCUUGCGAAUCAAGUCGUCGCGAGGAAGAGGCUACCAUGGCCGCCUACCUCCGCCGUGAGCAACAGAGUGCUCGUGUCAAUACCCCUAUUCGUUCCAAUAAACAAGUCAUCGAUCUUACCAACAACUUAUUUGAGCAACCUUCUGCUCCUGAAGGCAAGUCCUUAGAAGUCAACUUCCCACUGCGUAGCAAGAAAUCUGCAGAUAUGGGCGCGUCCAAGCCCACACUUUCUAGAAAAGGCUCAGCAAAGGUCCAGAGAGAGAUUUAUGAGAGAGAGAUGGCCAUGAAGUUGCAAUGUGAGAUGGAGAGAAAAAAGAGAGUUGUUUCUGGAACGGCGAGUGGUUCAACCAGUCCAACUAAGAAGAUCAGAGCAGAGGUCGUUGACUUGCUCUUGGACGAAUUGGACUUGAGUGAUGGUUAUUGAUUAUGAGUUCGAGGUUGGUUUGGGAAGUGAAGUGUAGUACACGGUUAUGUGGGGACGGAAGAGGAAUUGGGUCUUUUAGGGGAAAUAGGUUUAUGACAUGGACGGGGUUUAUCACA